UCCGCUGCGGCGGUUUGGAGAGGCGGAACUGUGUCUUCUUAAUUAUCAUGUGAAGGCCUAAGAAUUUAAUGGGGGGAAAAGUGUGGAAGAGGACUGGGAUCCAAACUGGCGGAUUUCCCGACCUUCGCUGCCCUCUCGGCUCUCCCGCCAGCCGCGCUACCAGGGUGUCUCCCUUAUUUCAUUGCUGAAACAGCCUCUUUAAACUGUUUAAAUGAGAAUGUCCUUGGCUCAGAGAGUACUCCUCACCUGGCUUUUCACAUUACUCUUCCUCAUCAUGUUGGUGUUGAAACUGGAUGAGAAGGCACCAUGGAAUUGGUUCCUCAUAUUUAUUCCAGUCUGGAUAUUUGACACUAUCCUUCUCGUCAUGCUGAUUGUGAAAAUGGCCGGUCGGUGUAAGACUGGCUUUGACCCCCGACAUGGAUCACACAAUAUUAAAAAAAAAGCCUGGUACCUCAUUGCAAUGUUACUUAAGUUAGCCUUCUGCCUCGCACUGUGUGCUAAACUGGAACAGUUUACUACCAUGAAUCUUUCCUAUGUCUUCAUUCCUUUAUGGGCCUUACUGGGUGGCGCUCUAACAGAACUUGGAUAUAAUGUCUUUUUUGUGAGAGACUGACCUCCAAGUAUACCAUCUCAUCUCUGUGGCUGUUCAACAAGCUAUACAGUAUUCCAAAUCUUUGCAAGUUUCAAGAAUAACAGAACUGAGGGAAAAUACCGAGGGCGGCAUGAACUUGUAGCCAACCCAAAGCUAAAUUAUUCAGUAUCUGAGUUGAUAUCUUUAUUAUCCCUGUGUAAAUAAAGCUUGUUUCUGACCUCA